CUGGCAUCGACCCCGUUUUGUUUCCACCUUUCCUUUCCCUUCAUUCAGAACAGAUGAUGCUCUGAUCACAUGGACCCAUCAACCUCGCCUCCCCUCCCCUCCAGCCCUUUAAAUAGCUAUAUUACAAGAGAAUUCAUUUGUACUAUACUCACAGAGAGAAAGGGGAAGAGAAGGGAGCAGCAGGAGGAGGAGGAGGCAUGGAGAGGGGAAUGAGGAUUGAGGGAUCUCUCUCUAGACCAGGGAGGACAGGGGGGUGUGAGCAAUGGUGCUUCAUGCCUCUUUUGUUGUAGCAGGCAGUAGGGCAAGCAAAAAGAGACGUGGCUGGGAAAAUCUCUCCUUUCUCUCAGAGAUGCUGAUGGCAUGGACUGGACGGUUGCAGAGCACCUGCUUUGCCUUCAGCCCAGCCUUGGGGUCACCGCCAACUGCCUCAUUACAGAAUCCCCAUUUCCAGCAGUUGUGCUGAAGCUAAUGGAGAAAUGACUGUCCCAAGUCUACACAAAGCAUGCAAGACUAUGAUGGGAUCUGAACUCAGGGUUUCCAGGAACAAAGCCAACAUCUUAUGUCUUCUACUGUACUGCCUCUCCUACUGAGCCCCACCAUGGCUGGAGAUUCUAGGAUCUUCAUGAACCAGGACAUGGAAAUUGGUGUCACUCCAAGAGAGCUUAAGAAGAUUCCCAAGCAAGCCCGAGAUGAUAUCCCGAUUGCCACCGAUCGAACACGUCUUUUGGCAGCGGAAAUCAAAAAACCCCGCCAACGCUACAUGGAAAAAAGUGGCAAGUGCAAUGUGCACCAUGGAAAUGUCCAGGAAACCUAUAGAUAUCUCAGUGACCUCUUUACCACUUUGGUGGACCUCAAGUGGCGCUUCAACCUUCUUGUGUUUACCAUGGUCUACACCAUCACUUGGCUGUUUUUUGGUUUUAUUUGGUGGCUCAUCGCCUACAUUCGAGGGGACCUAGACCAUGCAGAAGAUGAAGACUGGAUCCCUUGUGUCGACAAUCUCAGUGGAUUUGUCUCAGCAUUCCUGUUCUCCAUUGAGACAGAGACCACAAUUGGAUAUGGCCACCGGGUGAUCACAGAAAAAUGUCCUGAGGGUAUCAUAUUACUUUUGGUUCAGGCCAUACUGGGCUCUAUAGUCAAUGCAUUCAUGGUGGGAUGCAUGUUUGUGAAGAUCAGCCAACCAAAGAAGAGGGCAGAGACCCUCAUGUUUUCCAACAAUGCUGUGAUUUCAAUAAGGGACGAGAAGCUGUGUCUUAUGUUCCGAGUUGGGGACUUACGAAAUUCCCACAUUGUUGAGGCCUCCAUUAGAGCCAAGCUGAUAAAAUCCAAACAGACCAAAGAAGGGGAAUUCAUCCCUUUGAAUCAAACAGACAUUAAUGUGGGAUUUGACACAGGGGAUGACAGGCUGUUUCUGGUGUCCCCACUCAUUAUCUCUCACGAAAUCAAUGAGAAGAGUCCCUUUUGGGAGAUGUCCCGUAGCCAGAUGGAAAAAGAGGAGUUUGAAAUUGUGGUCAUUUUGGAAGGGAUGGUGGAAGCCACUGGAAUGACCUGCCAGGCCCGGAGCUCCUACAUGGACACCGAAGUGCUCUGGGGACACCGCUUCACCCCUGUGCUCACCCUGGAGAAGGACUUCUACGAAGUCGACUACAACAGCUUCCACAGCACCUACGAAACCAACACCCCCUCAUGCUGUGCCAAAGAACUGGCUGAGUCUUUCCGGGAGGGACGGCUCCUCAGCCACCCCUCCAAUGCCAACCUGCUGAGUGUGGUGGAGUCAGAGAAGGAGAAAGAGACCGAGGAGAAGGAAGACCAGGAUGAGGAGAAAGCCAAUGGAUGUCAGGAUGCAAGCAAAGUUGACGGCCCGGAGCCUAUUGAGUUGAAUGGAGCUAAUGGGACAGCAGGAGAGGUGAAGGAUAACUUGUUAUUGUAAUGCAAAGACCUUUUUUUCUGAACAUUAGGAAAUUCAGGUGCACCGUGGAGGGAGCACAGAGGGAGAACACAGGACUAAAGGUUCCGGUACAACGCUGCCAUCCCGAGUGAUAUAUCUUCACUCAGAUGGGCCCCUCCAAAUAUUUGGGCUUCUCCCUCCGUUCUGAAAAAUGGGGGACAUUACUACAGGGACUGACUCAUCACAAGAUCCAUGGACAUGAAAACAAAUACUAAUGUAAGCUGUAUUAUGAUUAUGAUCAUUAAUAUUGGGAUUUCACUGUUAUUUUCUUGGACUGUUCAGGAAGAUGGGGUAUCUAUUUUAAAACUCCUUGUCCAGUGAAAGGAAUGUAACUUUGAACCUUUUCCUUCUUAACUCAGUGCAUUGGAGACACGAACUAUUUAAUUUUGAGAGAGAGAAAGAAAGAAAGGGUGUCGUAAGAAAGCAGACUGGCUGUGUUCCAUCAAUUCGUUUUUUGUAACUACAGUAGAGUCUCACUUAUCCAACAUAAACAGGGGCCAGGCUGUGGCGCAGGCUGUUGAGCAGCUGCAAUAAAUCACUCUGACCAUGAGUUUGAGGCCAACCCGUGGCGGGGUGAGCACCCGUCAAUUAAAAAUAAAAAAUAGCCCCUGCUCGUUGCUGACCUAGCAACCUGAAAGAUAGUUGCAUUUAUCAAGUAGGAAAUAAGGUACCACUUAUAAAAGUGGGGAGGCAAGUUUAACUAAUUUACGACCUGGAAUGAGGAAGUGCCAUUAGAGUGAUGAUGAAGCAGCUGCUCCCCCCUGUGGCCAGAAUCGAACAUCCCCUCAAAAGAAGGUUAAAUUGCCUCUGCGUCUGUCUGUCUCGGUCUCUGUUUGAUGUGUUUAUGGGCAUUGAAUGUUUGCCCUAUGUGUGUAUAAUGUGUUCCACCCUGAGUCCCCUUUGGGGUGAGAAGGGCGGAAUAUAAAUACUGUAAAUAAAUAAAUAAUAAAUAAACAGGCCGGCAGAAUGUUGGAUAAGUGAAUAUGUUGGAUAAUAAGGAGGCAUUAAGGAAAAGCCUAUUAAACAUCAAAUUAGGUUAUGAUUUUACAAAUGAAGCACCAAAACAUCAUGUUAGACAACAAAUUUGGCAGAAAAAGUAGUUCAAUAUGCAGUAAUGCUAUGCAGUGAUUACUGUAUUUAUGAAUUUAGCACCAAAAUAUCAUAAUAUAUUGAAAACAUUGACUAUAAAAAUGUGUUGGAUAAUCCAGAACGUUGGAUAAGCAAGUGUUGGAUAAGUGAGACUCUACUGUACCUCUAUGUAAUAAUAUGUACUCUGGCUUUUUUUGCUUUUAGGAUCUUACCCACUGUGUUUUCCCUCAAGACAGGCAGAAAUAUACUUGAAUAGGAAACUGAAUCUCACCCUCAAAAAAGAAAUCAUGGUCCAUGAAGAAUGGGGAUGAUGGAAGUUAUAAGAUAACAUGACUGGAGGCAGGGCAAUGGGUUGAAGAAAGAUGUUGUAUGGCUUCUGUAGGGUGAUGUCAAUUAGAAAGGUCUGUCCUUAAUUUGACAAUUAAUUCAACUGACCAUGGAUAGUUAAAUGGUUUGGAUCUUAUCUUAUCCCACAGUCAUUUUGUAUAUCACAUGAUAACCACCAGUUCAUAACAUGAAUAUACAGUAGAGUCUCACUUAUCCAAGAUAAACGGGCCGGCAGAACGUUGGAUAAGUGAAUAUGUUGGAUAAUAAGGAGGUAUUAAGGAAAAGCCUAUUAAACAUCAAAUUAGCUUAUGAUUUUAUUUUAUUUAUUUAUUUAUUUAUUUAUUUACAGCAUUUAUAUUCCGCCCUUCUCACCCCGAAGGGGACUCAGGGCGGAUCACAUUACACAUAUAGGCAAACAUUCAAUGCCUUUUAACAUAGAACAAAGACAAACAAACAUAAGCUCCGAGCGGGCCUCGAACUCAUUACCUCCUGGUCAGAGUGAUUCAUUGCAGUGAUUCAUUGCAGCUGCUCUCCAGCCUGCGCCACAGCCCGAGCCCAAUGAUUUUACAAAUUAAGCACCAAAACAUCAUGUUAUACAACAAAUUUGACAGAAAAAGUAGUUCAAUACGCAGUAAUGCUAUGUAGUAAUUUUUGAAUUUAGCACCAAAAUAUCACGAUGUUUUGAAAACAUUGACUACAAAAAUGCAUUGGAUAAUCCAGAAUGUUGGAUAAGUGAGUGUUGGAUAAGUGAGACUCUACUAUACCUUGAAGGAAGCCAAAGCUGUAAAAUCUGAGUGAAUUCUGACAUGGAAGCUAUCGAGUACAAUUUCAUAUUAUACAGGCAGUCCCUGAGUUACAAAAAUCUGACUUACAAAAGACUCAUAGAGAAGAAUGGGGGUGAGACAACAGGAAGUGGGAUCAAUCUAACCCUCGGAAGGGAAAUUUACUUCUGGAAGAGUUAUCAUCAUAGGGAAAAGAUGUCUCCAUUGAAGCUUUAUCACCAAUCCUUGUUUCCACAACAAGCCAAAGUUUGCAAUAUCCAAUUAUCACAGGGACAGAAAGUAAAAUGAAAUCUUCUGAACAGGGGCAUAAACAGGCUGAAGUUACACUUAAAAAUGUAUGUGUUCCAAAUUACAAACAAUAAUCAAUUUAAGAACAAACCUACAAAACCUAUCUUGUUCGUAACUUGGGGACUUCAUGCACUUCAGUUUAUAUUGCUCUCUCUCUAUUUCCAGCAUCCAAGUUUUUGAAUAUUAUUGCCUAUAUAGCCCAACCACAAUACCCACACACAUGAAGUUGAAUUCCAUGUUUUACAGAAAUACAGAAAGCCAGCUAAAGAUGCAAGGGAGAAAGUCACAAACUCUCUGCACCAGAAAACCCUGUGAUAGUUUCAUUUUUGGGUCUCUAUAAGUUGAAAAAGACUUGAAAGUCCAUGUCAAUAGCAGGAAGAAAGAAGAAGAACAUGGUGAGAGAGCACAAAGUUCUGGCUGAUGCCUAAACUCUAUUAUUAAUCCCAACUGCAGUCAGUUGAAUUCAAUCUUCAACUCUAUCCUGAAAUGUUGGGUGCUGGGAAAGCUUGGGAGCUGGAGCAAAAUAGAAAUAUUGGAACCAUGAAUAGGUAAUUUGCAAAUUUCAGCAUUUUGUUGCGCAUCAGAGAACCAAAAACUGUCACUGCUGUGUUACUGGUGCUUGUUGGGAAUUCUGGGAGUUGUGAUCAAAAAGAACAGAUGGGGAAUGAAGGCAGAAAUGAACUUACCUAAAGUCAGAAGCUGAGAUGGAAUUUUAAAAAUGGUCUCCUCUUUUGAAUAAAUUUGAAUAAAGCUCUCCAUUGACAAAACUGUA